GCGCCAACCUAUGAUCUCAAGCUUUGACAGUAAACAGACAAACCUCAUUCAAGCCAUGCUGACCAGUACCAAAUCACUGGACGUUGAGGUGCCACCUCGGCUUGGGAAGCGGGUUAAGCAGAGAAGUUUGCUUUGCUUUGGCCUCACAGUGCCAGUCUUUGCAACGCUUUUGUCUUCGACAAGCUUCUGUGGGGACAGCAGUGGCAGCACCAGCAAACUUGAUCGGUUGCAGCAGACGUCCAGUCAGCGACUGCAGCAGUCAACACUUUCAAGGCAGAUCGGCACCAAGCUCCUGGCUUUGCCAAAUCAGCAGGAAGAAGUAGCUGCACCCAUCCCUGCAGAUGCCGCAGUGGUGCUGCUGCUGCAUCCUGGUGAAGGCUCACCAGGCUUUGGAGAGGUGCCUCACAUGGGCUCGGCCUUGACGGGUGGAAAACCCAGUUGGGCCCAAGCAGCGCAGCAGCUGGUGCAGCGCGUGCGCUGGGACUUGGGAAAUGAAGCUGUUGAGUUCAGAUCUAUGUCUAUCGCUGAGCUAUGCCAGGCUAACAAAUCUCUUCAUUUGGAGUUCAUUCUUGGUGUGGACCUGGAGCGUGAGCCGCCGGAGGAGUGUCAAGACAAAAUACAUGAGAUGCUUUCCAGAGCCUCGUCCAGAAUGUUUAUCACCAGUUCGAAGGACAGAAAUACGUGCUCCUUUUGGUCAUCUGAGACAAAAGUUUCAGGUGCCGGAGAGGAGGAGCUCUCAAAUCCAGGGCCUUUUGGCCUACAAGCUACACUUGGAGGUUACCAAGAGGCGGUGAAAGUGCGCAAUGAUGUCAUUGACUUAUGGCAUCGGCGGACGGCCGAAGAGGCCGUGUAUGCGAUCUUGCUCCUGAUUGACUCCGCGGUGACAAGCCUACCAUCCAUGGCUGCUCAGCGUCCAGUCCCCACGUCCGAGACGAUCGGACGAGCUAUAGAUCGGUGCCAAGAUGCAUUCAGAAAUUGCUUCACGCAGCCGCGGUGUUUGCAAAGCUUGGCAUGCCUGUCCCAGUGCGGCCUGGCAGACCAGUCAUGCUCAUAUCGCUGCAUCGUCUCGUACCAGAGCCAGGCUUUUACAGACUUCUCUUUGUGUGCCCUGCAGAAGCAGAACCUGUUGAACUCUCAGAUCGAGCGACCUCAAACACCCAGGGCAAAGCCAUUGGAGACCUUCAGAGGCCAACCGAUGACGCAUGAGUUGGCAGAAAACAUCCUGGUGGGGCAUUUUGAUCCAGGUAACAAUCAUCGCCACAGUUGGCUUGUGGCAGCUGGAUCAAACCCCGCCUAUGAACAGUUCGCCUUGCAGUAUCAGCUUUGGUACAAAGGUUCUGGACGGAAUACCUUUUGGUACCACCCCACCUUUCUGGUGGAGGCCUUGGAUGGUGCGAAGAUUUGGCGAACCCGUGACUACCGUGUGAGACGGAAAGAGACGCCUGGCCUUUGGGACUUUUCAGUGGUGGACAACGGCAUCAUUUCAGAGGAGCGUUGGCAUCUCUUGGGGGCAGAUGAUGACUUGCAGUGGAUUGUCCUUUUCUAUGUAGGUGCAGCGCGAAAAGCAGGCUUGUCAUAUCGUGGAUGCUUGGUUUUGACACCAGAAGGAGAGAUGCCUGGCCCAGAGCAUGCAGAGGCUAUUAGCGCUGCUAUUGCAAGGGCAGACAUGAAGCCCUGGGAACUUGAGGCAACAAGCAACCCACCAGUGGACCCUGCGAAUCCUCCACCCUUGAUUGCUCCGGAGAGUCAAGAGCCUAUUCCACUUUUGGCCCGGAUGGCUGCGGCAGCAUAAAAUGACCGCUGGAGAUAUGAGACACCGGCAAGUUUGCACGCUUCAUUCCAGAUGUCCAUGUCAGCACGACAUGAGCUGACUAGACGCAGAGCAUUUUCCACUCGCCUGAAGUGCAAAUUUUCGACCAGCAUGUUGUGAAUCUCUUCCCAAGUCAUGCAUGCAACAGGUCUUCAGAUUUUCGAAAUACCUCAGCUGCUUAGCUGAACAGCUAGGGCAGCUAGGGCAUCUUUGAGCACAGCGAUUCCGACCGCUUCAAUCGAAGCGCCUUUGAAGUUAGCGCGAAAAA